AUGUCUAUGCGAAGGGCACGUUCGGAAUCUAUAGUGGAGGAACAACGUAAAAAAUGUCUUAAGCACCAUGCUGUCACUGUCUGCAAGAGUUUGAACUUACCAGAUGACACUUUAGAAGACUUUGCAUCACUCAAUGCCAAAGAGAAGUUGAAUGAAAUCAGGGGUGUGCUCAUGUCCUUGUGUCGUACAACCAAGUGUAAUGCAGCGCAGGAGUUUAUUGAUUCCAAGGACUUCGAGCGCAUUUUGAAAGACAGGUUACAUGUUUGUUUGUUGUCGCCCAACUUGCCAUCGUAUGUGUCAUGCUUUGCAGAACAGGUCAUUAGAUAUGUGAAAAAGGACCCAGCCACAUUCAAGAUUCCCAAUGCUGUGUUUCAGGACCCUGAAAUGACAGACCAAACACAUGUGCAGACUAGGGAAAUUCUGACUUCACAACGAGGACUCAUCAAAGUAAAGCUCAUGACAAGCAUCACAAAUAAAACGAACAUUUCUGUUCUUGCAAAGUUGUUAUUGUCAAGUGGUCAUGAAAUAACUGUAGCACACUGGGCUCGGUUUUCUUUUUUGCGCUCGUCAUUGGUCAACUUCAUACAGAUUGUUGACGAAUCUGCAAGGAUCUCUGUGGCACAAAAGAGCAGAGAGGCAUCUGCAGCUGUCGUGGACCCAGCACUGUUGAACGUAGAUGAGGAGGAAUUGUUAGGUGAGGGGUUUGGAGUUGCAGAUAACACCCCUCGUAUCUGGGUGAUUUCUGAAUAUUGGGAAUACAUUGACCUACUCUUAGCUGAUCUCCGAACGGAGUCUCGGAAAGCUGCCAAGGUGAGCCCUGUGACAUCACCAAUCACAAGCGAGGGCUACUUGAAAGAUUUUUUCAAGAACUGUCUUGAGGCAGACCUCAAACAAUACUCAGCUGGCUGUGAGGGACUUAAACCGGCAUUUGAGAAAGUAACAGUUAACUGGCAGCGAGCCAUUCACAACGAACUGGUUUGGUGA